UCAUGGCAUAUUUCGAAAUGAUUUAAAUAAACUAUGAGCGCUUUUUGUAAUCUAAAAUAAUGAGCAAAAUUUAGAUAUGGAUUUUCUCGUAUGUGUUAAGAUUUAUGUUUUGAGAGAGGACCUAUAUAAUUUACCUGUAUAAUGAUAAUUUAUACAAAAUCUGAAUUUAAGUAUAUAGCCAUACUGUUGUUUUACUGGUAGGGGCGGAAAAUUAAACAUGGGUGAUUAUUAUUAUAGAUUUGUUCUAAAUCCACUACUUGUACUACAAGCGUAGCCUUGUUUCUCGCUGGUAUCGGAAAAAUAAAAAAGCAAUGAUUCACGCAGUACUUGCAGAGAAUUCUAAAAAAAUCACAGAGGGGCUAUCCAAGAGAUGGCACUACUCACAUUAUGUACAAGUUCCUCACCUAACCUGUCUUAUCGAUGUCCAAAGAAGUUGAUAGUUGUAUCAUCUGGUAUCAUGGCCAAACGAUAGGAUAAUAAUUUAUGCGGAUUAUACUAUGUGUUAGCAGCAUCGUGUUUUGAGUCAAAUUUGUCACAUUAGGAUUACAGUAGUCCCAUGACUUGAUAUGUACCAUAUGGAGUUAACUACAAUUCUUUGAUCUUCACUGAUAUUGAAUAGAAAAAUGGCUUCAGAAGAACAUAAGGUUUUAGCAGACUUUAUAAAAAAUACUCAUAGUAACUUGCGAAAGGAAUCACAAAUUCAUGGAGCAACUGUAGCAUGGAGAAAACAUGUAGAACAAAAAGAAAUUUUGCUGAAAUAUGCAGUUUCAAUGCAACAGCUUGCUACAAAAUAUUGGGCUAAGAAUGUUGCAGAUCCAACCAAACAAUUACAAUGUAGAAUACAAUGGAUAAAGAAGCAGUGCAUAGAAUAUUUCUUUAAUGAAGGCAGGGAACGAUAUCAGAAGAGGGAAUUGGAUAUUGAACUUAAAUUAACUGCAAUAACAACCAAGAAAAAAGAUAGUUGCUCAUUAAAUAUGGAAAAAUUAUUCUUACUUGAUGUUGGGAGUUGUUACAACCCUUUUGAGAAUAUGGAUCAGUUCCAUGUAACAGCAAUAGAUUUAAUUCCAUAUUCACAGAAUGUAUUGCAGUGUGACUUCUUAAACUUGAACAUCAGAGGGAACAGAAUUGUUAAUGAGGAAACAAAGACUAUAACAGAGUUACCUAUGAAUUUCUUUGAUGUCGUAAUAUUUUCCUUAUUUUUGGAGUACUUACCAUGUCCCAAACAAAGAUAUCUUUGCUGUACAAAAGCAUACAAAUUGUUAAAAGCUGGUGGAAUUCUUUUAAUUGUAACACCAGAUUCGAAACAUGUUGGUGCCAAUGCUAAAGUAAUGAAAUCUUGGAGAUUUGUUCUAGCUAACCUUGGUUUUAUGAGAAUAAAGUAUGAGAAAUUGCCUCACAUGCAUUGUUUGAUAUUCAGAAAAUGCUUUUCUCAGCAUGUUGCUAGGAGAUGGAUUCAAUUGCAACAGCUACCUAGCAAUGAUAUAUUAUUUCAGUCUAAAUUCAUGCUACACAUACCUCAAGACUUUCAAGAAAGCUAUACAUUGAAUGAAUACCAUAAACCUGAUAAAUCGUUAAAUGAUUGUAAUGAUACAGCAAUUAUGUUCGAAGAAUUACCAGCUGCGUAAUAUCGAAAUAUAUUAUUGCAAUAAAAUAUUCUGAUGAAAACCUAA